UCGUCCAACACAGACAUAGACGAGUGUGUCUCCAGCAAUGGAGGUUGCAUGCACAACUGUGUGAACACUGUCGGAAGCUACUACUGUACCUGCCGGACUGGGUACCAGCUGUCUGGGUCAGCGAACUGCGUUGACGUGAACGAGUGUUCCAGUCACAACGGAAACUGUGAUCACAACUGUCAGAACACAGCUGGUAGCUACACCUGUUCCUGUCGAGACGGAUACCAGCUGUCUGGGUCACGGCAAUGUGUCAAUAUAAACGAGUGUACCACUCACAACGGAAACUGUGAUCACAACUGUCAGAACACAGCUGGUAGCUACACCUGUUCCUGUCGAGACGGAUACCAGCUGUCUGGGUCACGGCAAUGUGUCAGUGAGUACAAUUAA